CAGAUAUAAAUUGUUGGACAGUGAGCCUGAGCUGUGUAAAUUUCAAAGAAUCCAUAAAAGGUCGGUGCAGUGUCGUUCAAUUCAGCAAUACAAAACGAACUAAACGUUUUGUAGUGCGAAAAGCUUUAAAACGUGACAAAACAAUAGAACGUUUAUUUAGAGUGUAUUGGAUACGGGUCACUGAUAAAAGAUGGUGGGGGGACCAAUUCCAAUCCCAAUGGAAGUCCGCAGCAUUGACCCCAUCUAUCGUUCGACUAAUCACCAAAAACCUCGACAUGAAGCCUAUUCUGUGGGAUCUAUUCAUCGUGGCCAAAAAGAAAAACAACCGGUUCAACACAAAGAAUCGAGACAAGUAAAAAAAGCGUCGAAAAACAGGGUUAUGCCGUACUGCGGCACAAGCAAUUGGGUUGAUAUCACCAGUGAGGAUAGCUGCAAAUCCGAAAGGAAGUUCUCGGGGCAAGCGGGUCGAAUACGGCGACAACAGUGUAGUUCAUCGGCUAAAUCUGGCAACCAGCAAGCUGGCCACAGGGAGCCGGGCGGAGUUCAGAACAAGAAGUACGCAUUUCUAGCAGAUUCGAAGACAGAGACUAUAACAUCCAGCGAGGUCAUGCUGCCGAUGAGUGAAUGUAGCGAAACAAGUGUAAGAAAUAUCAAUCACGAAGGGAUGAAGCUACCGAGGCCGCUGCCACCCCCAAUGCCGACACCAAAAAAGAGGAAUAAGUGUUGUGCCGUCAUAUAGAAUGUUGGUGCAGGCUGAUUUGCGGUAUAACUUAUUUCGAGUGUACGUCGUUUACAGUGAUACUGUUUCAAGUUCAGCUGGAAAGUUUGUUGUUAGAUUCGGAACUUGGCUAACUGUGUAUGGUUGAUUUUCCUGUAGUGACGUAAUGUAGUAUCAGGCUCGAAAUAGCUUCUGUUGUUUCGUGCGGUGUAGAUGAUACUAUCUUGUAAAUUAAAGGGAGGUCUUAACAUAUGGCCUUGACUGAACGAAAAUCGUAAAGAGACUACGUGGAGUAGCGUUUGUUCACUGGUUGCAUAGUGAUACGGGUUUGCGAGGGGCAACGGCACAAAUCUGUGGUUGGUGAAACAAAUUUUCCAAAAUAGAUGACGGUGAUAGACUAAAUAAGCGUGGCAAUAAAUAUAUA